GGAAGAAACCAGACAGUGUACAUCUGGUGAAAGAUUACCAUGACUGUUCCUUCAGUAUUGUAUUUACUAGCCUUCUUAGGACUGCAAGCAAGCUCAGCUACCCUGAAAAGAGAAAACAUCACUGUACUCGAAGGGGAAUCGAUAGUUCUCAAUUGUACAAUGGAUAGAAUUGAGAAUUCAUCUAUUGAGUGGUCAAAUCCAAAGUGGCACGUUAUAUACUUUAACGAUAUCCGAGGCAUAAGGGACAGAAGAUACAAUUUAGUGCAUUACUCAGAAGCAAAAUUAUUUGUCACACUGCUGAAUACGACAGUGGAAGAUGAUGGCGUGUAUACCUGUUCAUAUUAUAACCAUCCAACAGUAUCCAAAGAAGUACAUCUCACUGUUUUGGCACCACCAUCUCCUCCUGUACUGAACAUUACCACACGUUUAGUGAAGGGAAAAGAGGAGAAGGUGGUUAGUUGCAUUACCACUGGAAGCAAGCCAAAGCCUCAAAUAACCUGGCUCUUGAACAACAGAAUGGAGUUGCGUGGACACACAAAAUAUAAUCCAGAAAAUAAAGGGACAAAGUUUACAACAACCAGUACAUUGAAUAUCAAAGCGCAUGAUCAGGAAUCCAGAGUUGAUUGUUUGGUUCGUCAUGAAAGCCUAAUGAACAACGUUCUUCGGGUAACCUACAGAUUUGAUAAUAAUUAUAAUUCUCUUGGACUAACUGAAACAUACAGUCAAACUACAAACAAUGAUUUCCUCACAUCAACAGAAGAUUCAAUGCUGCUUACAAAUGAAACAGAAUCCAAUCUAAACUCAACAUUCAGCACAGAAGUAUUGUUAACAACAACAGGACAAAGCACCUUCCAGAUUAUAGAAGAGUCGUCCACUUCAGUAAGUGAGAUCGAAUCAAGCCUAACCUCAACACCCAGCAUGGAAAUAUCUCUCACAGAAAUUCAACAGAACACCUCCAAGGAUAAAGCAGAGUUAUUCAAUUCAAUUUAUGGCAAUCCCCACAAUGCAAGUGAAAACUAUACAGAGGCAAAUGAAUGGACUAUCAACUCUACAACUGUACAGAAUUUAACAAAGAAUUCACCAUUAGAACAAGGAAACCCAAAUGCCACAGCAAAAUGUGAAAAUAAUCAAAUCAUGGAAAAUAAUGGAAAAACAGAGAAACUACGAAUGAAACAGAGUAGUGCCCUUUUACUGAUACUCGUAGCUUUCCUAAUCUGUGGUUUACUUAUAGUAUUCCAACUGUUUGUGCUAAAAAUAAGGAAGGAGCAUUUAAAAUGGAGGAAACAAAAUGAUGACUCCGACUUAACGGUGGAAAGUAACAAAUCAAACAGAUCAAGUAAUGAAGAAAAUGUUCGACAUGAAAAUAAUAGUCGAGAGCCAAAUUUUGCAAAGCAUUACACAAUUCAAAUACAUUCAGAGGAACAAAUGAAGCAAUAUACGAACAGCAUCACUGAAGAUCAAAUAAAUACGCUGGACAAGGAGAGCACAGUAUAAGUUGUUAUAACAACAGCACUUAUUUGCAUUUGAUUUUAAUGCAAACUUGUCUUGAUUUUUUUUUUGAACAAAGUUUUACAGAACAGUUGCCUUUAUUGCACUUUCUUCCAGAUGUACGAUGGGAGAAAUUAUAACCUAUGUAGAAUAUUUUAUAACAGUUUACCAAAUGUGAAUCAUCUCCUUUCAAGUUUUGUUUCCAAACUGAAAAAUGUGAAGAUUUUAGAAUUUUUGUUAAUGUACUUAAC